UGUGCCAGAAGCAGUGUGGGCCCAUCUUCAGUAGUGAAUACUUAUAGGGAAAGAUGUAGAUAGUAAAAGAAAUGUUUAGUGAUAAUUUGGAUGAAAGCCAGUGAAAGUUAAUACUUAUGUUAUUAGCAGUUUUCAAAGAUCUGCCAUUCCCUAAGCAUGAUGUAAUUCUUGAGAAAUAUAUUUUUUUUCAAGUCUUUCCACCAGAACCAUCACAAGCUGUUAAGCAGUCACACAAAAUAAGUAUUACUGUCAAAUAAAUACAAGCAAAAGUAGCCCAGUGUCACAACAUAAAAAUAACUGAAUAUAGUUACAAGUGCAAGGAGGUAAAAAAAUAAAAAAACUGUCUCCAACCCUGGUUAUCCCUGCCACUGGAUUAUAUGAAUCUGAUAGUUUUAGCUGCUUCAUCUUUCCAUCUCAUUUACUCCUACUACUUCUCUAGAACACAGUCUUAAAUUCAGCAAUAGCUGUAUUCAAGUAGCACAGAGAACCAAAAUGUCAGCAAAUAAAUAAAUCUCCUCCAAGUAAUUACUCAAGACCUUCUGAAUUGUAAAAUGUAUUACACCAGAGUUAAGAUCUGAAAGAAGGGGAUGUAUAGUAAUCACUACAAAUAAACACAUCUUCAGCACAGGUAUGCCUCCCUUUCUAGAAAACUCAACAAAAACAGAAAAACAACGUGACAGAAGAAAAGGAGAACAAGCUAGUCCUUUUAUCUCAUCUGGAAGGCUUCAAAAGCUGUGUGGGAGAAACAAAACCAUUUGUAGCAUAUCCUGUUAUUAUUUAUAGCAUAUUUUCUGAAGCACUCAAACUGAGCAGUGACAGACUUUAUAUGAAUUUUCUCAGAAUUAACUGGCUAGGGAAUCUAGAAGAGACAGUAGCCAUGUCAUGCUAGUAUUUAAACAAUAAGGACUUUGUACUUUGCCUGGAAUUCAUGUAAAAUCUGCAUAGCUGUUCCCAUUUGAUGGCUGUUCCAGUUAAGUGGCUGUUGCUGGCAGGGAUCCCAGUGUGUCCAUGCUGGAGAGAGGGGGAAGGGAGAACAAGAGGAACGGGAGUGAGUUCCUGCCUGCUUUCACCUGCACACCUUAUAGCAAAUCAGGACUGCUGAGCACAUUCAGGAGCAAGAGGGAUUUCAGAACAAGAAUAACUGAGAAGAGGCAUUUAUAUGACCAAUUAUGUACCUGUUUCAUAAAAUGGAAAACGAUGAAGUUUACCAGGGAAAACAAUGGAGCUACCUAAAUAUUUGGCUAAUUUUAUGCCUGUUUCCAAAAAUCUGUGUAUCAAAUCCUUCAAAACCUAACUUUUUACUGAUACUAGCUGAUGAUCUUGGUAUUGGAGAUGUGGGUUGCUAUGGCAAUGAUACAGUAAGGACCCCUAACAUUGAUGGCCUGGCAAAGGAUGGAGUGAGACUUACUCAGCACAUUGCUGCAGCAGCUGUCUGCACUCCAAGCAGAGCCGCUUUCCUGACUGGCAGAUACCCCAUCAGAUCAGACUAUUAUUCCUCUCCAGGCAUGGCAUCCAGCACUCAGAGGCAGGUUCUUUUCUGGAAUGGUGGUUCAGGAGGGCUCCCACCAAAUGAAACUACUUUUGCCAGAAUACUCUACCAGCAAGGCUAUUCUACAGCACUUGUAGGGAAGUGGCAUAUGGGUGUGAACUGCAAAACCCGCCAUGACCACUGCCACCAUCCUUUAAAUCAUGGUUUUGAUUAUUUUUAUGGCAUGCCUUUUACCCUUGUGAACGAGUGUCAAGGCACAGAUGACCCUGAAUUGGCCAAGUCUUUGCAAGAAACAUAUUGGUUUCAUACUCAGAUGAUCAUCCUUGCAGUAUUUACUCUUGUGAUUGGAAAAUGUGCCAAUUUAUUCCUAGUAAAAUGGAAAAUAAUAAUCUGUCUGGCCAUCUGUGGUCUCCUUCAUUUCAUCUCCUGGUUCUCCAGCUAUGGUUUUACCAAGUACUGGAACUGUAUCCUGAUGAGAAAUCAUGAUAUCACUGAACAACCAAUGAACCUACAAAAAACUACUUCUAAUAUGCUGAAGGAGGCAAUUACAUUCAUUGAAAGAAACAAGCAUAGACCAUUUCUUCUCUUUGUUUCCCUUUUACAUGUUCACACCCCUCUCAUUACCACUGAGAAAUUUCAGGGAAGAAGCAGGCAUGGCCUGUAUGGAGAUAACGUGGAGGAGAUGGACUGGAUGGUGGGCAGGCUUCUGGAUGUUAUUGACAAAGAGGACUUGAAGAAUACCACAUUCAUUUAUUUUGCAUCUGAUCAUGGAGGAUUCUUAGAGGCUCACAGAGGAAAUUCUCAGUUGGGUGGAUGGAAUGGGAUAUAUAAAGUUCUCCAGUUUCUCACCCAUCCUAUAGAAGUUUCUUCUAGACCCUCUAUGACUGGCUUGCAACACAGUGACAAAAGCUCUGUGGAAAUGAAGAUUUAUGGUGGAAAAGGAAUGGGAGGAUGGGAAGGAGGAAUCCGUGUUCCAGGCAUAGUUAGAUGGCCAGGAGUGUUGCCUGCAGGGACAGUGAUCGAUGAACCUACAAGCCUUAUGGACAUUUAUCCUACAGUGGUUCAACUGGCUGGAGGGGCAGUGCCUCAGGACAGGGUCAUGGAUGGGCACACCUUGCUGCCCCUGCUGCUGGGGACAGAGCAGCACUCCAGGCACGAGUUCCUGUUCCACUACUGCGGUGUGUUUCUGCAUGCAGUGCGCUGGCACCAGAAGGACAGUGGCACCGUAUGGAAAGCUCAUUAUGCUACUCCAGUAUUUCAGCCAGAAUCUUCUGGGGCCUGCUUCAGAAGAGGAAUUUGUCCGUGUUUCGGGGAUGGUGUAACCCAUCAUGACCCUCCACUGCUGUUCAAUCUCUCACAAGAUCCAUCUGAGGCAAAUCCUCUGUCAGCAGACACUGAGCCCUUGUUUGACACCGUAACAAGGAGAAUAAGGAGAGCUGUGGAAGAGCAUGGCAAGACACUGACUCCAGUCCCACAACAGCUGUCUCCUUACAAUAACAGAUGGAAGCCAUGGCUGCAGCCAUGCUGUGGGACAUUCCCAUUCUGUUGGUGCCAUGAAGAAAAUAACAAAGCAUAGUCUAAUACCAAAGUCAAAGUACAGUUAGCUUUAAAGAAAUUCAUAAUUUUUCACGUUCACGUGACUACAGUCAUAAAGAGAUUAGAGAUAAAGAUUAAAUUAUAAUAAAAUAACUAAAAGGGACAUUAUUAGUCCCUUAAUUAGUGAUCAAUUAAAUUAAUUAAAUUUAAAAUCCCUGUUAGCGAUUGUUUUUGUUCAACCUUUUCUCUCACCCACAGAAAUUAAGUAAGCCUGUGGUUUAAAAAAAAUUAGGGAUCAUCUGUAUAAUCUAUCCCUGAAGUGAAUAAUUUAAGAUUAAAUACCAAAUAAAUGAAACAAUUUUUUUUUUUUACUGACAAUUCAAGCAAAUGAUGACUGAUAAAAAAGCAAAUUUUUACUAGCAGAUGUUUGUAUAGAAAAUAUGUUUGUUGAGAGAACAGGACUGAGCCCAUGAGGGUAGGCCUAUCCAAGCCUUAUCUAUUAAAUGAAAAAACCCGUUGCACAAAAAUGAAAGGAAGAUGACAAUGAAAAAAAAAAAGAAAAAUAAAAUUGUACAUUUAAUUUGGAAAUAAACCAAUAUGCAUCAGAAAUAAACACCUACCAACUUAGAGCAAUUUUAUGCUUUAUCAUCUGUACAUUUGUCUGUCAUGUAAGAAUUCCCAGGGAAAACUGAACUGACAAGUAUGUUUUAAAAAUUAGAUAGCUAAAGUUAGUAUCUCAAGAUCAGCAGCAAAGUGCCUAGCUAUUCUGAAAUGUUAAACCACAACAAUUCUUACCGAAAAGUGUUAUCCACAUAUUUAAGUCAUCUCACUUAUGAGAGCAUUGAAAUCAUCACCCUGCUGCCUUGAGAAGAUUGCAAAGUUGAGAAUGCUUGGGACCUGUCUGAGACCAGUUCAUUAAGCCUACAUGUCCCACUUGAAUGACAAUGCAUCUGAUUUCAUAAUGACCCAUGAAAAAUAUUCUUUGUUUUGUGAAAAAACACCUUGUUUUCAGCAGGAGGUGGUAAAAAAAUUUACCUCACAGAAUAAUCACUUCUGUGUCCAGGUCAUCUUCUCCAAGCCAAAAAAGUGCCAGCACUCUGUACAGUUAUUAGGGAAAGGGAGGGAAUUAAAAUAUCUAAUCCUCUCUUGCUGCCCUUAGUUUAAAUAAAUUGCUCUCUCAAGAUAUAAUCCCAA